AGUUACAUUUUCUCGUCAUUAAUCACACGUCUUUGAGUAAGGAACAAGUUAAAUGUGUGAAAAAAAUGCCAAUUUGGUCGGAGAGAAGAGAAUGUUAUUACCUCGUUACGACUUCGUUUCUUUGGUAAUCGUGCUUAGUAGAACGUGCUAACAUAUCAAUUAUGGACCGUAUCUGACAUAUUCUGUUCGAUCGUCACAAUUUUUAUCGUCUUUGAUCUUGACUGGGGGAAAAAUAUGUCGAGUGAACUGGAGCGUGUCUUCGACCUUCCACACUCUUCGCCAAUUCGAACGAGAUGCCCGCUUCUCGAGCUCCGAUCGACACCCUUUAUACAUUCUCGAGUCAAUCGAAAGUUUGUUGUCGUCUCGUACACUUAAAUAUCCUACAAUUGAUUGGUGGUGCCAUUAUAUUAUUAGAGUUUCACAUGCUUAAAGAUUGAGAUGUGACAAUGCCAGAUAUUCCUCUGAUUCAUCGAGCCCUGGUCGCUGCACGUGAAGGGGACCUUCAGGGACUUCAGGUGUUGAAGAAAAAUCAUCAACUGACUCCCAACAUUCAAGACGAUGUGGGUGCAACGUGUGUGCAUUACGCGGCCAGAGGAGGAAACAUCAAAGUACUUAACUUUUUGAUCAAGAAAUGUGGCAUGAAAGCCAAUACCACAUCGCAUACGGGAGCCACUCCUCUACACGAUGCAACCGCUAUGGGAAAGUUGACGGCGUUAGUGUGGCUAGUUAACAAUACGGAAUGCUCGUUACACGAUAGAGAUGCGGACGGUGCGACCGUUCUUCACAUUGCUGCCAGAUGCGGUAGUAGGGAGGUUUUAAAGUGGCUUCUACACGAAGGUCAGAUGUCACCUACCGAGAAGACGACUAGAAAUGCUUUACCGUUACAUUACGCCGCUGCCAGUGGUUGUAUAGAUUGUGUUAAGAUGCUAGUCGAAGCGACCACCGAAAACAGUGCCAAUUUUCAAAUGGAGAACAACGUGACACCUGUGUACCUGGCCGCUCAAGAUAAUCAUUUGGAAGUGCUCAAGUACCUGGUGGUCAUCUCAGGAGGAUCCUUAUAUAUAAGAGCCAAAGACGGGAUGGCCCCUAUACACGCUUCUGCACAGACUGGAGCCUUCAAAUGUCUCAAGUGGAUGGUAAGCGAACAAGGCGUGGAUCCAAAUUUGAGAGACAACGACGGAGCCACGGCGGUGCACUUUGCAGCUAGCAGAGGCCAUUUAAAUAUUCUCCGUUGGUUAUUGAAGCACGGAGGAAGAAUCUAUUUAGACAAAUAUGGUAAAAGUCCACUAAAUGAUGCAGCAGAUAAUGGCCAUUUAGAGUGCCUUACUUUCUUGGUGUCUCAUGCGUCUGAAUCUAGACACUUGGAUCAACCGAGAAUCCCCAUAUUUCCCUUACCGGCUAUUCCUUCUCAAAGACACUGCUCUUGUAGAACGCCGUUUUGUCCGCCUUCGUCCAGAAGAAGGAACGUAAAUCGUUGUUGCCGUUUACAAAAUCCCGAAAGUAGAAUGUACCGCUUUCCCUGCCUUUAUCUACAUAGAAAUAGCAGCGACAGCAGCGGAAGCAGCACGAGUUAUUUUAAAGAUUUGGCGAAUUCAAAAACAAGUCGACAGCCUUAUAGACCGUUUUACCUUCACCAACCGAGUAUGACAUCCGACGAUAGAGUAAGACAACUGUUUGGAGAAGAAACGGAUACCGAUACCGGAUUGACGGCCGAUUCGACAGCCAGUGUGUACUCGACAAAUACCAGACCAACAGAUUUCGAGACCAAUCGCUCCGUGAUGUCGGUAGAAGCGGACGUACAUUGCAGCUCGGAGGAAAGUGAUAAAAGACAAUCAAAUCGAAGAUUGUUUAGAUCGGAUGAAAGCAGUACCAGCACUGACGAGGGCAUCUAUCAAGAACUGGAAGAGGAGGAGACCGAUGAGGGAUGCAUCGCCGCGGUGGUUCCUCCUCCUCCCCCUCCUCCCCCUCUACCCAUAAAUAUUGAAAAGAAACAAGAACCGGAGGAGAAAUCGGAAUGCACCGAAGAUAAUGCCACCGUCACGAACGAACUGACACCCAAAAAAUUAUACAUUACUCGCCAACAACUAUCAUUCAUUCCACCUCAGUUCGAUGGUCCACCCGAAGUCGACAUAAAUAUCAAACCUUCGGAAUAUUUAAAAAAGUUAUCGCCAACCAGCCAUAAGGUUGUAUCGAAAACUACAUCAAAUCAAGAGGAAUCAAAGAAUUCAUUCGUUAAGAUCUCUUGUUAUGGAUCCGAUAUGUCAAAAUGGAAAAGUGAGACUCAAAAUGACAAAACGGUGGUACAAUGUGUCGCUUCCGUUCCCGUAGGAAUUAGUUUAUCGGACCAGAUCCAGAAGGUACAAUUGAAAAAGACAGAUUUACCCGAUCCAGGACAACGCACUGUUUUAUUAAAAAAGAAUGACGUUGUCGAGGAGGGAAAAAAGUCGAAAGAAGUAGACAGAACAAGGAAGUUGGAGGACAAAAAUGCAGAAGCAAACAAGAAACAAAUGGUGGAUAAUAAUGAAUUCACAACUGAUAAUUUUGUAGAGAAGAUGCCAUCUGUUGAUACCAAUGGCUGUCCAAUCCCGCUCUGGAAACGCCAAGUCAUGGCAAAGAAAGCUGCUGAAAAAGCAAGAAAAGAAGCUGAAGAAUUGAAACAAAAGGAAGAAGAAGAACAACGACAGCAGUCUGUACCUGUCUGGAAACGCCAAUUACUGCAACGUAAAGAAACUCCUGUUAAAGUUCAGGAAACCAGGCACAGUCUGAAAUAGGAAAGUUUAUCAUAACAAUGAAAUGAAAAACAAAAGAACAACAUUAGUUGGUUUAAAUUUUAUUUAAUCUAUAAAUAUCAAAGAACUAAUUCUGUUCAAACAACUGAUCUUAUAACAAGACAAAACAUUUUAGAUAUAUAUUUAAGAAGUCAUAUUUUAAUUAAUUUUGAGUUCUUUUGAGAGAUUAAACCAUCAUCAAAACAUCUUUCAAAAGUACUCAAUGUUAAUUAAAAUACAUAAGUUCUUAAAUAUAUCUUUCAAGUAUUUCAUCUUGUUAAAAAAGAAAGGAGUUAAAGAAUGCAAUCUACAUAAUUACUUCUAUUGUAGUUAAAUGUAUACAAUGUGCAUUAUAUAAAUAAAAUGUAAUUCUAUCUUCUUUUAAUUAAAUAACAUUAUCAAAACUCACUCAUUGUUAUUGUAAUAAAAUUUGUAUGGCAU